CGCUUUCUUUUCUCUGUUCCUCCUUGUAUUAUAACUUUGAAUUGUCUCUCUGUUGUUGCAGUGUGCAGAGGAGUGAAUGCCCCAUGUUGUGUUAGUGCCUGUCUGCCAUGCUGGCCUGUCUGCCAGGACCAGGUGACCUCUCCUUUCAGCUUCUUUCUUACACGCAGAUGAACACUGGACUUCAGAAAUGGGACACUACACAGAAAAUGAGAUCUGCACAGUAUCCUACCCCAGCAGAAUUGGAUGCUUAUGCUAAGAAGGUCGCCAACAAUCCACUGACUAUAAAAAUCUUUCCAAACAGCGUCAAGGUUCCCCAGAGGAAACACAUACGCCGUACUGUGAACGGACUCGAUACUUCGGGCCAGAGGUACAGCCCCUACCCAUCUCAGGCCACCACGAAAACGGGCCUGCUGGCCAUAGUCAAAUCCCCAGCGAAAGGAAUCAUCAAGGACUUUGACGGGACGCGGGCGCGCCUGCUGCCGGAGGCAAUGAUGAACCCGCCCUCCACGCCGUAUGUUGCACCAAGCACUUUAUCCCACCCGCAGGCGCUCGCUCGCCAGCAGGCUCUCCAGCAUGCACAGACUUUGCCGCACCCCCAGAGCAUCCCGCAGCACCCUCAGGGUAUUCCACAGCCACCCAGCUUACCGCACCCUCAGGGGAUCCCACAGGCGCUGCCGCACCCGCAGAACAUGCAGCAGCCGCAGGGCUUGCAGCACCCUCAGACCAUGGCGCACCAGAGCCUGCAGCACCCCCCAAAUGCGCUGCUGCAGCCGGGUUUACAUGGAGGCAGAAAGAUGCCGGAUGCAGACGCGCCGCCGAAUGUGACCGUGUCUACCUCAACUAUUCCCCUCUCUAUGGCUGCCACCCUGCAGCAGAACCAGCCACCGGACCUGAGCAGCAUUGUGCACCAGAUUAACCAGUUCUGCCAGGCCAGAGCUGGCAUUAGCACUACCUCAGUGUGUGAGGGACAGAUCGCAAACCCCAGCCCUAUAAGUCGCAACCUGCUUAUCAAUGCAAGUACCAGGGUAUCUACUCACAAUGUCCCUACACCCAUGCCUUCCUGUGUAGUAAACCCUGUCGACCAUGCUGCUGCUACUAUUCCUCCUGCCUCUGUUAAUGUGCCCAUGGUCAAUAUUAACAGGGUGCCACCCGCUUACCAGAACGAAAUCAAAUCGGUUGCGUGGAACCAGCACCAGCUUGCACAUCUGCAGCAAAUGUGUGGGGAUGCUGCUGGGCCUGCUGGACUCGCAGGAAAGCACCCUCAGAGAGAGAUCGCAGGGCAAAGUUUCCCUGGCAAAACUUCCAACUACCCUCAAGAACUGUGCAUGGGCCAGUCCUUCAGCUUGAAGCCCCCCACCGAGAAGCCUACGCCUUCUCCGCCUGUGAACGGGUUGCAGGGACCUUUGCCAUAUACCAAUGGGCACUAUUUCCAGCCCCUCUGGAAUAACAUUCUGCCCACACCCAACAGUGACAGCUCUGGGUCCCAGGACCUCACCAUGCCUUUCCACGGGGGACAGCCAGCGGGAGCACCGCUGGAUUGUGCAGGAGGAACUCAUUACAGAGCUGGAGCUGGCCCAUCCAGCCAGAAUAAUGUGAUGCAGACCAUGGAUUACCUAAGUGGGGACUUCCAGCAGUCCUGCUUCCGAGACCAGAGCGUGGCUGUGCUGGGAAAAGUCCAUCGGCCUCCCAUGAACCGAGCACCUGAACCAACCGAUAGUCGAAAUCUUCAUAUUCAACACCCAGGGUAUAGAUAGGCUGCAGUCACUUUCACAGACAAAAAAAAAAAAAUUAUAGGUUUUAGUCUUAAUUUUAAUUAAUAAGCAAGGCAUUUUUAACUUGCAAACUUGUGUGAUCAUUAUAGUACCCAUUGGAAGAAGACAUACUGUAUAUUUAAAGAGCUUUGCUUACAUGUUAUCAACUCUCCUUUAUGCAUCAAAUAUUUAACAUGCCUUUUGUGUCAAAGAAUUUCAUUACACUACUUCACGCCACAGCUGUUUCCUCACCACAGAGUCCCCCCUUUGUGCAGCUUUUUUUUUUUUUUUGCCUUCUGCAGAGCAGCUCCUCGCUGGACUGAGGUUGAGUUGCUGCAGGGUUUCGCAGACACAUCUGUUCUCCAGCUCCAGCGAGAGCGAGGUAGCGUAGCUGCUUCCAUUUCCAUCUCAAUUUCCUCACAAGAUUAAGAGCAACAGAAUUUUGUCAGGGAGUAGGGCUUAUUUUCAACUCGAAAGCCCAUUUCAUUAAUGCAUUAAACAUUGACCAUUUGCACUGUCUAGAGGCCUGUGUAAUUGAAAAAGAGGCUACGUUUGAACAGAGCCAGCUAGGGGUAUGUAUUUAGGCUUUAAUAGAGGGAGAAGCUUUUCAGCUGUUUCUUGCCCACGUUUAUCAUUUAGACUUUUUCCAAAGUCAAAAGUCUCUGGCAGAUUUUUCUGACACUUUCUGUUUUUGGACAGGGUAUGGAGGAGGGGAAUGGCAGGUUUGGGACAAAGGCAGCCACGGGGAGCUGCCUUUCUUCGUGUUCCCCCUCCCCACUGCCCUUCCACCAGCCUCAAAGCUCACGUUGUCUGAAUCCCUUGCUGCUAGAAGUCUGGCCAGCCUCACAUGAAGGGAAUCCAGACCCACUUGACAACUCCAAAAAGGGUUCAGCCACUUCUCUGGAAGCUGGAAUUACUGUCAGGGUGAGGAGAUGUAGCUCAGUCCAUCCCCGGUGCAGCGAGCGUGGUGCCGCUGUGGGAUGGGAGGCGCUUGGUCUGAAUCAAAGCUCCUCUCACAAGCCACUGUGGGAUUGACAGUUCCCUGUUCCUCUCCACCAUCGGAUUUAAUGGAACAAUUCUUCUCCCUGGGAAUUAGCGAAGCUAUUUAUAACAUCCCUUUUUCCCAGGGUUUUGGUGCCUAACUCCUUCUGUUCCUUCCCCACGUCACUUCCAGCAGCCAGUACUGAGUCAGUGACUACAGGACACUAACUACUGGGUAACCUCAACAUCUUCUUCUCCUCAGUGUACAGAAACAUCCCUUUCCUUUCUAACAGCCAAAUUUAUUGUAAGUAGAAAAUUCCUCAUCUCUGUUAAAGAGACUAAUACUUGAACAUAAUGAUCACAAUCAAGUUUGGAAAUUAAAAAAAAAACAAAAAAAAGAAAAAAAAAAAAGAAGAAAAAUUAAAAAAAAAUAAAUGCAUUGAUUCUUUCUAUGUACACUGGCUAAAAAAUAUUGCUCUACACUGUAACUUUUAAGUGUAAUAUUUCUGUAUGAAUGUCGCCUGGUAGUGUGGGUUUGAGUAGCAUUGUGUAUGGGUGAACCCACUGGCCUCUGCCAUCCACUGGCCUCCCUCACAGCCCUUGGAGAAACAAAGCCUUAAGUAUUUGCUCCUUGAACUUUCCUUAAUGAGCAUGGUUAAAAAAAAAAAAAUCUAAAAGACAUCAUACAAAAUUUAAAAAAAAAAAAAAAAUUUAAAAAACCCCCAAGUUUUGAAGUGACGUCAUAGUUGGCUAGAGAUUCUUAAAAGUUUUUCGUAAAUGGGAAAAUUAGAAAACAUUUAUUUGUAUUUUUUUAAUUUAGAAUGUGUAGUCCUGGGCUGUAUCAAAUAUUUAGGUUUCAAAGCUUAGCAGAGUACGUUUCUGACUCCUCGCGUAAGUUAGUACACUUAUGUCAUUAUUUAAAUUCUUUUAAGUGUACUAUAAAGCGUUCUUUAGUGGUAACUCCUGAGCAAAGUUAAGCAAUUUGACUAAAGAUGGAUUAAAUUAUGUGUUGGCUUGUGUUGCCUUAUAUUUAAAAAAGGAAAAAUUGCCUGAUUGUGUUAUGCCAAAUGAUAGCAACAUGAAGUCCUAAUUUAUUGUUUAUAAUCGUAUUCCUGCAGUCUUUGUGAAAACUGGUAAAUAUACAUCUAUGAAAGAAAGAAAAUCCUGAGGCUUUUCAUGCAAUAUUUUUCUGAAUCCAUUCUGUUGGAGCCAGAGUUCGAGUCUGAAGCUGCUUGCCCUACAGUCACCCUGUUGUCUUUCCCGUCCCAAACCCAACCCCAGUGAGGGCUGUGCUCUGACCUCACCCCUUCCUGCCCAGUCAGUCACUGUAAGGUGUUCUGCUACCUGAGUCUGUAUCUUUUUACUAAAUAAAACCUUGGCCUCUCCUCUC